AAUGGAAAAGUCAAAAAGUUUAUAUUUCGGCUUUAAAAUGCGGUACAAGUUUGGGUCAGCACGCCAUUUCGCCUUACAAUUACAAAGCAGAACCGCCGAUGGUUUCUUCAGUGUAGUGUGAGAAUAAGAAAAUGAAAAAUAUUAGCAUUCUCCGUCGUUCAUUUCAGAGAAGUAUGUUCUCCUCAGCUGCAGGACUUGUCCAGAACACCCGUCAUGGCUUUUCCACUUUGCGAGAGGAGCCAGAACUAGACGAACUAAUGGAAUUUUUGAACAAUCUGAAAAACUUCGAGAAGUCAGGGGUUCCAAUAGGCGCAGGCACAGAUUCCGAAUAUGGUUUCGAUCUUGGUAGAAUGAGUCGCUUGGUGGGGCUCCUCGGUAAUCCCCAAUCUAGGUUCAAGACUGUUCAUAUUGCUGGAACAAAAGGAAAAGGAUCAACUGCUGCAUUCCUCUCCAGUAUAUUGCGGGCAGAAGGCUAUUCUGUUGGUUGCUAUACUAGUCCGCAUAUACAGACUAUUAGGGAACGCAUAACGUUGGGAAGAUGGGGCGAGCCAAUAUCAGCCAAGGCGUUGAAUCAUCAUUUCAAGAGGAGGAGGGAGGUUCUUGAGAGGGCAGUGAAACUUGAGAAUGGAUGUCUCAGUCAUUUUGAGGUUUUUACUGCUAUAGCAUUCAGCCUAUUUGCUGAAGGGAAUACGGAAAUUGCAGUUGUGGAGGCUGGAUUGGGCGGAGCACGAGAUGCCACUAAUGUUAUUUCAGGUUCUGAUCUUGCUUUAUCAAUCAUAACUACUGUUGGUGAGGAACAUCUAGAAGCACUUGGAGGCUCUUUGGAAAGUAUAGCGGUGGCAAAAUCAGGAAUAGUUAAGCAUGGGCGCCCACUUGUUCUAGGAGGUCCAUUCAUUCCAUCUAUUGAGUGCAUUCUUCGUGGGAAAGCAUUUUCUAUGUCUUCACCUGUGGUAUCAGCAUCUGAUCCUGGAAACAGAAGCGCUUUGAGAGGCUUCUGUGACGUGAGUAGCAUACCUCGCCAAUUGUGUGAUAUAGUGCUCCAGAUUGUGAAGGACUUUGAUCUGUCGAUUGAACUUCUAGGUGUGAAAUUACGCAUGCUUGGAGCUCACCAACUUCAAAAUGCUGUAACUGCUACAUGUGCAGCCUUGUGCCUUAAUAAGCAAGGAUGGAGUUUGUCCAGUGGAUCUAUUCGUGCUGGUCUGGAGAGUGCGUUUUUGCAAGGCAGAAGCCAAAUAUUGUCUUCAGAAGAAGCUAAUUUACUUGGAGUACCUGGGGCCACUAUACUACUUGAUGGAGCACAUACAAAGGAAUCUGCCAGGGCUUUGGCAAACACGUUGCAGAUGACAUUUCCAAAGGCAAAAAUGGUUGUUGUGGUUGCUAUGGCUAAUGACAAGGACCAUCUAGGUUUCGCAAGAGAGCUACUCUCAGUUGGGGAUUUGGAUGCUGUAUUUUCAACAGAAGUUGACAUUGCUGGUGCUAAAUCAAGAAUGACUUCAGCAUCUUUAUUGAAAUGUGCUUGGGUCAAUGCUUUGAGAGAGCUGGAUAUUAAGGUUCUCGACCUCAAAGUUGCAGAUAGUGAGGAUCAAUCACUUCAAGCUGCAGGGAUUUCCGAAUCUCGAAGCAUUUUACUUGCGGAGGGAUCACUAUUGGCUUGUAUGAGAACUGGUUUUAAGAUCCUCAGCGAAAGAACUGGAGAACAAUCUGGCAUUAUAGUAGUCACUGGUUCUUUGCAUAUUGUUUCUGCCAUUUUAGACUACUUGCACAGUUGACUCCUAUUUGGCUUUUGCAAAAGUGGCCUAGGAGGUUCAGAGCCCUGAAAUUGCCCAUGCAAAAGUUGGACAGCUGAACCGAAUGACUGGAUGACUUCUCAGCUCUCAGUUUGGUCCUUUUGUAUGUACAAUUGUUUUGCAGUAACAGCACGUUCUUAAAAUAUGUAUUUCCUUACUACCCAGUUGUUGAGGCCAAGUUUUGAUGGGUUUGGGCUAUUGUUCUGGAACAGGAAUAAAAGCAAACUUCUCUACUUAACCUAAAAUAAUCCCAGGUGCGUGUUUCUUUUUAUCACAUCAGCAAAUUUGUGAGAAACCUUAAUGAAAUUAAUAGCCUCUUGCACAUCACAUAGUAAGUAUUAUAGCUACAUGUUAGUACAAAAAUAUUAAUUAAAAUUUUUAGAACUGCACCUUUAUUCUUUAAAGUAACAAGGAGGAAAAAUCGGGGCAAUAAUUGGUACCAUUAAAUUUAGUAUUUCAAUUAUCAGCCUAUUAGGUUCUUAAUAGGUAUUCCGAUUCGUGCUUCAUUAGUAGAUCAACUGACCAUGGCUACUGUAGCUAAAACUGUGGCCAUGCUUAAGUUGAAGAACCGUCAAGCGUGGUCUUCUAUGCUCAGGUGAUUGCCCUUGAAAUCUCUUUGUUGUAUUUGCAUCUCUUCAACUCUCAUACUGGUUUCCAGGAGUCCAGUCUUAAAAGUUAAAUAGAUGUUAAGUGAUCGCAAAUUUUAAUCGGAAGCACUUUAAGAUAUUUCAGUUCAAGUCCAAAGUUUCUCAGAUGGACGAGAGUUUUUCCUUUGGCAUCAUAUUGACCUUGAGACGAGUUAGUUGAUUGGUUCGACAGUUUGAAGAUACAUGAGGUCAUAUGAGCAUAUGACCCUAGUAUCAACUUUAGGAAAACUGAUUAGUGGCACACACCAUUGUGUCGAUCAAUUGCAGUCAGAGGAAUUUAAAAAAAAAAAACAGAUCGGUGGAAUCUGUUUAACAUGUUUCAUUUUGGCAAAUAUAUACCUGUAAUUACGUUGUUACAUAAUAAAAGGUGAAAAUACUUUGGUUGUUCA